CUGUUUUGAUGCUUGAAUAAAGGAGGAGUUUUCUGUCAAAAAAAAAUCAACCAAAAAAAUUGGGGAGAAGCAGCAGGUGCUCCGCCUCUGCCGCCGCCGGUGAUCCGCCGUAGCAGCCGCUCGCCCCGCCGCACCUGAUCCUCUUCAAUCUACUGUUCCAUUCCACCCCGACCCAAACCAAACACACACUAAACACCGCCGCCGACCUCUCCUAAGUUGUGUCCCAUCUCACCGGAGAUGGCCGGGGCAGCUUCGUCGGUAGCGCCAGUUCUCGUCAUCUGCUUGCUGUCUCUUGUUCUCUUCUUCCACAGGUGCCGGAGCUGUGAAGCUGUGGAGAUAGAGAGGACGUUGGCGAUGAUCAAGCCGGAUGGUUUGUCUGGUAACUACACCGAAAAAAUCAAGGAGGCCAUCUUGGAGUCUGGAUUUGAUAUCAUAGAAGAGGCAGUUGUCCAGCUGGAUGUAGAGAGGGCAUCACUCUUCUACGCUGAGCAUGCCGAUAAAAGCUUCUUCAACAGCCUAGUGAAGUACAUGACGAGUGGUCCAGUUUGUGCUAUGAUUCUGGAAAGCCCCGAUGCCAUUUCACGCUGGCGAAAUUUGAUAGGGCCAACUGAUGCAAGAAAGGCUAAAACUUCACACCCUGACAGCAUUAGAGCAAUGUGCGGCUUGGACUCUGAGAAAAAUUGUGUGCAUGGUUCAGAUUCACCGCAAUCUGCAGCUAGAGAGAUUUCGUUUUUCUUCGGAGAUGAUAAAUCUGAAGCGCUGGAACAUGACGAGCUGUAUUCAAGAGUAGUAUUUUACCAGCGGUUCAGUAGUCUGGUUACAAAGGGUGAGGCCGAGAGCCCCAUCCAGCUUGUGCAGCUCCGCGUCCCGCUUUACCCCUUCUUCUCCCCCGUCCGCUCCACCACCCGAGCGACUCCAGACCACGAGCCCCGCCGACGAAGCCGCCGUUGCCAGCCCCCACCCGCGUGCAAGAGGGGAGCGCCCCACUUCCGACAUUCAAGCCGAUCGGAGCGCGAUCCGGCGGGUCGGAGCCCAGCCAUGUCGGGGGUUUUUGGCAGGGUGUUCGGGAAGUCCAAGACUCUUGAAAUGUUAGAAAAGAAGGAAAAUUUACUAAUGAAGAAGGCGAAUCUUGAAGUUGAGAAGGCAAAGGCGUUCACCAAAGCCAAGAACAAAAAAGCUGCAAUACAAUGUCUGAAGAGGAAGAGAUUAUAUGAGCAACAGGUGGAGCAGCUUGGGAAUUUCCAAUUGAGGAUUCAUGAUCAGAUGAUAAUGCUGGAAGGUGCAAAAGCUACAACAGAGACUGUGGAUGCAUUGAGAACCGGAGCAUCAGCAAUGAAAGCUAUGCACAAAUCAACAAAUAUUGAUGAUGUUGACAAAACCAUGGACGAAAUUAAUGACAACAUGGAGAACAUGCGGCAGAUCCAGGAUCUACUAUCUGCGCCUAUGGGAGCAGCAAGUGAUUUCGAUGAAGAUGAGCUGGAAGCUGAACUUGCGGAUUUGGAGGGUGAGGAGUUGGAGGCACAGCUACUAGCACCUACCACAAGUGCUCCUAUGACUGCUCCAGCGCGUGUACCUCAGCAGUCGAGUCGGCCCACUGCGCAGAGCAGUAAAACUGAAGACGAUGAGCUGGCAGCUUUACAAGCUGAGAUGGCUAUGUAAUUAGUUUGCAGGACUUGGCGUGGUCAUGUUUAGAGACCAGAUUGUGCAAAUAUAUUUGGGACCACGGUAUUUUCAUGGAGGUCUUCCUGGGAAGACGUCAGAAGUACACACAGAAACUAGAUGCAUCUCACCCUGAUGGUCUCUUAUGUAUAUCUUAUCAUGUUACUUUUGUAAUCAAACAUCUAAGAUGCGCUGUCGAGCGCAUUAUCAGCUAAUAAAGGGCAUCUGCCAUCAUUGUAUAUUUCUA